UGCUCAGGGACAACUGAACUAGAUCAUCAUAUAUAAAUUUCAAUAUCCGCAGCCAUGCCUAAGGGCAUCUCCGGAAGGGCUCCACCUAAGCGUCAUCCUGCAACAAAACGUCGUAUUGACCGAAGCAAAACCGCCCCCAGCCCAGGCGAGGAAACAGGCUCGGCUGAAAUCGACGAUUCUGUGACAGCAGCAGAUGUGCUUCAUGGGCGCGUUAAUAUCAACAUACCCGAAGCUUCAUCAUCCAGUUUACCUGCUUCGGAUGAGGCAGCAUCCCCGGACAAUGGCGAUCAGCCUAUGCACGACGCACCCACACCGCCCGUGCAGAGCAUUGAGUCUCCACAGGCCCACUCGCCUCAAGUAGCGCCAGAAAAUUCUGGAUGGACUGUAGUGAACGCUCCGAAUGUGCAAGAGGCGACUACAAGCUCUAAUCCAGCUGCGAGUCCGUCGACCCCGGCCAGUGUCAGACCUGCACCGCUCUCGAGGGUGUCUGCGCUCAAAGCUUACAGUGCUGCCUCGCCUGCUCGGUCAGUUUCCCCUGGAAUGUCAUCUGUCAGAGGUGGGAAGAAGGUUUUAAAACACCAACCCUUUUUUCAGGGCAGAAGGAGCAAGGAAGAAAGAGAUGCUCGUACAUCAGAGCUUCAGGCAAAGGAGCGACUGAAGAAAGCAGCACAAGAAGCAGAGGACAAUGCUGCGGCAGCUGCAGCGCUGAGAAGAGCAGGAUGGGGAGCAAGAGGAGGAUCUGAUAGGGGACGAGGAAGAGGGAGAGGAAGGGGAUCCAGCUAUAUGGGUGAUCGAGGAUCAUCACAACCUAUAGGUGUUGCAGGUCCUUUUUCUGCUGGUGUAGCACAAGAAACGCGCAAGUUCGUUCAACGCGCCCGCGUCGACGAUCGCUCGAAGAUCAAGCAAGAAGACCCUUCUAACCCUGCUCUCGCGUCGAAUCAACAGUCAGUAGAUGGGGGAUACAUCUCCUCCGAUCCAGAUGAUGAACAGCAAGGACCGCGUUUCAAUGUGGCUGCGUUUGAGAAUCUCCUCUCCGAUGACGAUGACGACUCACCACACACCACGUCUAUUUCACGUCCGAAGAAAACACCAGCUUCCAAUUACAUUCCCGUCCGUCUCGCCCGGCUUGAACACAAGGAUCGCGUUAUGGGCAUCAACACGGAAGCGUCCGCUGCACCCACUGGCGUGCGCAAUGGCAAUACGUCAGUCAAAGGUGAACCAGGCGCCUCAAAUACGUCACCUGUGCAGCGUAAAGCUAAGCUGAAGACGGCCGACGUUGAAGUCGUAUCCUCAAGCCAAUUCAAAGGCGUAUGGAAUGACUCGUCGGACGAGGCACCUCCCAUCAAGCCAGACCCUGAAGCCGCGCCUCCCUCCCCAACUUUACCUACCUCUCCCACUGCAAAAGUCAAAUCACCCUCGACCUCUCCAACGCGCAACCGCAAACCCGCGCGCCGGCGUUCCAGUCACCUUGGCCGCGACGCACCAAAUCUCCAAACAGAAGAGGACCGGCAAGAAUGGGCGCGACACAACGCCGGUCUCGCAGCUAUCCGCAACGAACUCGGCAAUAUUGUGCUCGACCCGACCAAAACAUACGACGAGAAGAAAGACCGCGUGUACCUAUUUCAACUCCCGCCUAUCAUGCCCUCGUUACACCCGUUGUCGAAAGACAAAGGGAAGGAGAAGGGUGUUAAGUUUGACGAGAGUACUAAGCCUGGGGUCGACGAAGAUGGUAGUAAUGUCGAAGCUGAGCCAGAGACACACCUACAUCCGACAUUCGCGGCGGGCUGCGCAGGCAAGCUGCGCAUACACGAGUCUGGGCGGGCCUGUCUAUCCUGGGGCGGCACAUCAUUCGCACUAGAUAUGGGCAUCGAAGCAGGGUUUCUCGAGGAUAUCGUUGUGAUCCGGACGGACAAGGAAGUGGCAAAGACAGAGGACGAGGACGUGGAGAUGGGCGAUGGGGAGUUGGCAACGAAGAUGGCGACACAGGCAAAGGAGCGUGCUGAGCGCGAUGAAAGGGCAAAGGGAGGCUUUGGCGGUGACGCGACGAGCUUCGGGCAGGUCAGGGGCAAGUUUGUGCUCAGCCCAGACUGGGGUGAGAUCAAAUUUGUUGGACGUGAAGUGCUGACGGAGAGGCACGAUUGCCAUAGGCCACGUCAACAUGUCAAGGUCCAUGAUAGCAUGGCCUACGUGGGUAGAUGGUGCGAAGUACUGACACUAAGAGAGGAGCGUCGACUCCUCAAGAAGCUCAUCCGCAGUCGGGUGGUGGAUGAAGCUGCAGAUGAGAAGGAGGUUGACGAGGGCAUCUGA